AUGACGAGCACAAUCGGAAUACCAAUCAAGCUCUUGAACGAGGCUCAAGGUCAUGUCGUAACUCUCGAGAUCACGACCGGUCAGGUCUACCGUGGAAAGCUUUUGGAAGCGGAAGACAACAUGAACGUUCAACUUAAGGAUAUUACUGUCACAGCGCGCGAUGGUCGUGUCAGUCAUUUGGACCAGGUAUACAUUAGAGGCUCCCACGUGAGAUUCUUUAUUGUUCCAGAUAUGUUAAGGAACGCGCCUAUGUUCAGGAGCAGAAAUACUAGGGGUAGAGGUGUCGGAUUGGCAAGAGGAAGGGCUACAGUUAGCAGGGCGAGAGCAAGUGGACGAGGAGCACCAAGAGGUUGA